GAGUCACUCAUCAAUGCUAAUAAAUAAAAGGCCCUUCUUUUUCCGUGCAGGGCCCAGGACGCUGGAAGAGCUGCCCCUUGGACGAGCUGCAGGCUGGCUGGAAAGAACGGCUCUGAAGACUCUAUCUGCCUUCAGUGGGAAGAGAGUGAGGCACAGCAAGAGACAGAGUGAGAGAGUCCUUGCACAAUGCGUGCUCUCGUCGUCCUUGUGCUCCUGGCCGUCUUGGUCAUGGCUGCUACUUGCUAUGAGUCCCAUGAGAGCAUGGAAUCCCAUGAGUAUCUCAACCCCUUCCUUAACAGGCAAAGGGCCAAUGGCUUCAUACGAGAUGACACAGGACUAAGAGCUGUUCUUCAGGAGAGGAUCAGGGAACGUAAUAAGGCACCUCAGGAACGUCAGAGGGAGAUCUGUGAGGACUUCUACCUGUGUGAACAGUAUGCUCUUAACCAUGGCUAUCCUGCUGCUUACAGGCACUAUUUUGGGAGGAGGAGGAAUAAGUAAAGAUGAUCUGUCCCCACCCUGGGGCUUGGACCUCAGGGUAACCUCCUAGGAAAAGCAAUAGCUCUGAAACAUAUUCAGUUGCUUGUGUCCCUGUAUGUUAUCCUGCCUGCUGCUUCUCUCCCAUGUAGCCAUGGAUUCCUACAUUGUGUUAAUUAGCGCUGAGCUGAUGUAGUAGAGAUCAGAGAGAGUUCAGGAUGUGGGUGUUUGCUGCACAAUAAACUGCUGGUUUGACACUAUCA